AUGGCAUAUUUGGCAUCUAUUCACAGGCCCAGCAGCGUCCGGCACGCGCUGAAGCUGAACUUUCUCAGCCCCGAAGACGACACCCUUGUGGUAGCNAAGGCAAACCGCUUGGAGUUCUACGCCCAGCAACAAGACGGCCUCGUGUUGCAGCACUCAAAGGCCAUCUACGGCAAAGUUAUCAUGCUACAAAGCAUUCGUCCUGCCUCAUCCAAGACCGAUCACCUNUUUGUCGGAACCGAUCGAUACAUGUACUUCACUCUCUCAUGGGAUGCCACGUCCAAGCAACUACGAACCGAGAAUAGUUUCAGAGAUUUGUCAGACAGAGCAGCAAGAGAAGCACAACUGGGAGAACGCUGCAACAUCGAUCCUACGCGGAGGUACAUGACUAUCGAGAUCUACGAAGGAAUCGUUUCUGUUAUCCCCAUCGCACAUGAAUCCAAGCGCAAAUCGACUUCGACAGCUCAGCUAGGCAACAUAGGCGAACCAACCUCCGUCAGAAUACCCGAACUCAAUGUACGAUCGUCGACUUUCUUGCACAGGNNGAGGAGCGAGAAGGCAAAGCCACAACUAGCCUUGCUCUACGAGGACUCUAUGGGAAAAGUCCGCCUGAAGGUCCGCGACCUCGAAUAUACUUCGUCACUCAAGUCCAAUGAGCCUGGAUCAGCCGAGCUCGAGAACGAGCAAGACGCAGACGAAGAGCUCGAUCUCGGCGCGAGCCAUCUUAUACCUCUACCCCACCCAGCCUAUGGUGUGCUUGUUCUGGGAGAGACGUCUAUCUCAUAUUGCGAAGAGUUCGAUGGCAGGAUGUCAAAGAUCGCAAAAAGUGAACCACUCAAAGAAGCCACAAUCUUUGUCGCCUGGACACAGAUUGAUGACCAGCGCUUCGUCCUUGCCGACGAAUACGGUAAGCUAUACUUGCUGAUGGUAACUCUCAAUAGUAAGAAUGAUCUCGAGGGCUGGAAGUUAGAUGUCAUUGGCGAGACUUCACGAGCGUCAACCUUGGUCUACCUAGACGGCGGUCGCAUCUUCGUGGGCUCACACCAAGGCAAUUCUCAACUCAUUCAGAUAACUCCUGGCUCUAUCGAGAUUCUUCAGACGUUCCCUAACAUUGCGCCCAUCCUCGACUUCACCGUCAUGGACAUGGGCAAUCGCUCUUCUGAUGCUCAGGUCAACGAGUACUCGUCGGGGCAGGCCCGCAUCGUCACAGGUAGUGGUGCGUUCAAGGAUGGAAGUCUACGCAGCGUGAGAAGUGGUGUGGGUCUCGAAGACCUCGGUUCCAUCGGCGAGAUGGAGAACAUCACCGAAGUCUUCAGUCUGAAGUCGAAUCCCGCUCUUGAUUUUGUGGACACAUUGGUUGUAUCUUUCAUUGCACACACCCGAGUGUUCACCUUCUCGUCUAACGGUGACGUCGAGGAAGUUGACAAUUUUAAGGGCAUAGAUUUGUCUCAAAGCACCCUGUUCGCAACCACUCUUGCUAAGGGCAGGAUAUUGCAGAUCACCGGCUCUGCUGUCCAUAUCAUCGACCCUGAGAGUGGUAUGAGUCUGGCAAGCUGGUCGCCAGAGGGUGGAUCGUCUAUCGCUGCAGCUUCGGCAGCAGAUAACAAUAUCUUGGUCUCUGUCAGCGGCGUGGGUCUCUCAAUGCUUGACGUGUCCGGCGACAAUGUUAAGGUAACGGCGUCGAGAACAUUUGACGCCGGCUCACAAGUCGCUUGUAUAUCACUGUCAUCCACGCUACGAAACACCUGUGUCGUUGGCUUCUGGCAAGACGCAAGCAUAUCGUUACUCGACACUUCUUCAUUGAAGACCAUUCACUCAGAGACGAUCGAUGAAGAGAGUAUAGCAGUUCCUCGUUCAUUGCUCAUCGCUCCAAUUCUGGAAGGCUCUUUACCGACACUGUUCAUUGGUAUGGCAGACGGUAAUGUCGUUACCUAUUCGAUUGAUCCUAGAACUAAUGCUCUCUCAUCGAAGAAGAGUAUUAUUCUUGGUACGCAGCAGGCCAGCUUCAAAGCCUUGCCCAAGGGCGAUGGGCUGAACACCGUCUUUGCCAUCUGUGAGCACCCGAGUCUGAUCUAUGGAUCAGAGGGUCGUAUUGUGUACUCUGCCAUCACAGCAGAAGAUGCAACAUGUGUAUCUCCUUUCGAUACCGAGGCUUUCCCCAACGCUAUCGCAAUUGCCACAGCGACUGAACUCAAGCUUGCUAUUGUGGAUGAGGAAAGAACAACCCACGUGCAAACAUUACCAGUCGAUGAGACUGUCCGCAGGAUUGCAUAUUCUGCCGAUCUACGUGCCUUUGGUCUGGGUACGAUCAAGCGCACUAUCAAGGAUAGCUUCGAACACAUCGAGAGUCACUUUAAACUUGUGGAUGAAGUGGCGUUCCAAGAGUUGCACACUUUCGCUCUUAACCAAGAAGAAUUAGUCGAGAGUUGUAUCCGUGCCAAGCUAGACGAUGGCACGGGUGAUUUUGUCGAGCGUUUCGUCGUAGGCACAAGCUAUAUUGAGGAAGACGUCGGAGAUGCACCUAGAGGUCGUAUCCUGGUAUUUGAGGUGACGGAAGACCGGCACCUCAAGCUUGUGGCCGAGCAUGCAGUCAAGGGAGCAUGUAGAUGUCUAGCAAUGUGCGAGGGUCGCAUUGUGGCUGCCCUCGUCAAGACAGUAAGUUUUGGUGACGUUCGACUACGAAACAUGUGCUUACGUAUCAUANNGGUCGUAAUGUACAACUUCAAGUACGAGACGGCGAGCCGACCCUUCCUCGACAAGGUCGCCAGCUACCGAACAUCCACAGCACCCAUCGAUAUCUCAGUAACAGGAGACCAAAUCGCCAUAGCAGAUCUAAUGAAGAGCAUCUCGGUCGUGCAAUACAAGAAAGGCAUCAACGGCCAAGACGACACCCUCAACGAAGUCGCCCGCCACUACGACACCACCUGGGGCACAGCCGUCGCCAACAUCUCGCCAAACACGUACCUCGAAAGCGACGCCGAAGGCAACCUGCUCGUCCUCAACCAAGACACCAACGGCUUCUCAGAAGAAGACAAGCGCCGCCUGCGCGUACUCUCAGACAUGCAACUCGGCGAAAUGGUCAACCGCAUCCGCCACAUCGAUAUCCAACCCACCCCCAACGCUAUCGUUGUCCCCUCUGCCUUCCUCGCCACUGUCGAAGGCGCUAUCUACCUNUUCGCAACCAUUGCUCCUCAACACCAAGAUACACUUAUGCGCCUGCAAGAAAAUAUGGCGGAAAAGGUCAGCAGUCCUGGCAAUGUGCCGUUUAAUCGCUACCGCGCGUUCAAGACUACCGUGCGUGAAAGCGAAGAACCCAACCGUUUUGUGGACGGCGAGUUGAUCGAGCGCUUCUUGGACUGUGAUGAGCAGUUGCAGGAGGAGAUUGUUCAAGGACUAAGCGUUGAUGUCGAAGAGGUCAGAAGUAUCGUUGAAGCGCUGAGGAGGUUGCACUAA